ACCAUGUCUCAAUCGGAGACUUGGUACAUACGAGAAGGAGUUGAUCAUGAUGAAGUGAUGCAGCUAUACGAAGGAUUCCCUAAUCUUUUCUCCUUUCGGAUUCAUCAUGGUGGUAGGUUAACACAUCCUCCUGGUCGCACUUAUGUUGGAGGUAGGAUUAACUACGUUGACCUAAUUGAUAUCGAUUUGUUCUCUGUCCAUGAGGUGUCCUUAAUGAUUAAUGAGUUAGGUUAUUCUGUGAAUGAUCAUAUAAUAUACCAUUACCUUAACCCUAAAAAAGAUAUGGAUAAUGGUAUUGAGGAGUUAGGCACUGACAGUGAUGUUUUAAGGUUCUCUGCACAUGUUGAAGAGCAUAAGCUAAUUGAGUUGUAUACCACGCAUGGGUUAACUAACAUAAAGGAGUAUUUCAACCCACCAGUAAAACCUCUGAACCCUCUUACUAUAGAAGAGAUAGAUGAUCCUAGACCUUAUGCUCUUGUCCCAGCAUCAAUAGUCUUUAAAAGUGUAGGCAACCAUUCUAGUGAGGAUGGACAAUCAAGUGUGUUGGGGCAGUCAAGUAGUGUAGGUGGACAAUCAGGUGUGUUUGGACAAUCAGAUGUAGGUGGACAGUUAAGUAGUGUGCUGGAAGAAGCUGAUAUUGGUGACUUUGAUUUCGAUGAUUUCCUGGAGGAUAAUGUGCAUGAUCAGCAACAUCAAGAUAAUGUGCAUGAACAGGAACAUCAAGAUAAUGUGCAUGAACAGGAACAUCAAGAUAAUGUGCAUGAACAUGAGGUUGCCCAGGAUAAUGUGCAAGAUCAGGAGGUUCCCCAGGAUAAUGUACAAGAUCAGGAGGUUUCCCAGGAUAGUGUGCAUGAUCAGGAAGAAGAGGAUCAAGAAGAUGAAGGUAGUGAAGAGAAUGAUAGUGAUAGUGAUUUUAUUGUUGAUGGAAUAUACCCUGUAUGCUAUGCAAUUGUAGAGGCUGAAAACAUCAACUCCUGGACUUGGUUUCUAGAACUGUUAGGAGAUGAUCUGGAUCUGCACAGAAACUCAAACUUCACAUUUGUAUCUGAUAGACAGAAGGUAUGUUUAGUAAUGUUGUAUACUUUGCAUUUGUAUCAACUCAUAUACUAA